AUGCGUCCCUCUGCAGCUGUUCGCGGGGGUCUUCCCCCAUCUCCCUUCUCCUUAUCUUCUUCCUCCUCGAGCAUCGCCACUCCCUCUGCAGCGUCGACCAGCGCAUUGGACGUGGCUUCUCAGAGCGGGAAAAAGCAGGGCGCAGAUGCGGGGCCCGCUGCCGCGCGGUCUCCGCAGCCGAGUGUGUUUGCUGCGGCAGCGUUCUCAGCCGUCCAGCGGUCGUCGUUCUCCUCAGCCUCGCCUUUCUUCGAUGAAGAAACCUCCCCCGCGACCGCGUGCCUGAAGAUCCUCGGGCGGACCCUUGCGCUUUCCCCUGCCGCCCCUUCCUUUCCUGAGUCUUCUCUGUUCGCUUCUGCGGCUUGCUCCUCUUUCUCUCAGCCUCUCUCAACGUCUUCCGCAGGUCUGGCGGCACAGCCUGCCGCAGCAGGUUUGACCGGAAAAGCAGAGCAAGACGCGCGGGCGUCGCUUGUUGGAACGUCCGACCUCUCCACCGCGCCUCCCUCGCCGCCGACUCCCUUCUCUUCGGUCUCCUCGCCCUCGUCCCCCCCGCCGCGCGCCGCCUCUGAGACUCUCCCCAGCUCGGGUCCGUCCCCGCUCGCUUCUCGUCAGGAAUUUUUGCCGUCGGCUCCCUCGCAUAUGGCUUCCUCGAUUCUGCCUGAUUUCCUUUCUCUCCUCGCUGGUUCGCCCGACGCCGCUCUCCCCGCGACGGCGCCUUGCCACGAACUCACUGCUCAGUUCUUCGUACUCGACUGCGUGAUGCAGGCCACCGCGGGGCUGCUCUCACCGAUGCGCCUUCCGCUUCCGCCGUCGUCUUCUCUCUCUUUCGAGCCUGCGCUGCGCUGCGCGCUGCACCCUCCCUCGUCGGCGUCGCCGCCCCUGUGUGCGGAUGCUGCCUCGCGCGUGAGUCUCGCCUCUUCGCCAGCGGCGACGGGCGGCCUGGAAGCCCAGACUUCGUUCUACGGAGGCGACGCGCGCGCCGUUUCGGCACUUCGCCGCGUGCUGGGUCCUGCGAUUCUGCUGCCCCCUGCCCUCGUGUCUCUCCCACUGCACGCGCCGAUUGUGCUGCUCGACCGACAGCCCGCGGCGACGCCUGCGGUCGCGUCCCUCUUCUUCCCGCCGUUCCCGUCUGCGGCCUCCGGCAGCGCCCACGACGCCGCCCUGCCGCCCUUCGCGCCGGCUGCCGUCCAGACCCCGCGCCUCGCGCAGGAAGGCGGGGCUGUGGGCGCGUUCGCGGCCCGCACACCCGCCGUCGGACCCUCUUUCGUUCGCGAGAGCGAGAGAGGGAGAGAAGCGACCGCGUCGUCGGCCUCGAGUCGCCCUGCGUUCGGCUGCAACCGGGUGGUCAGAAGAGACCCAGAGGCCCCGCGACGCGACCAGCGGGACAAGGCGCAGCCUUGCGAAUCGCAGGAGGACGAGGUUCGCAGCCUCUCCAAGAAGAGCGACGCCGCGAGCUCUCCCUCCGCCUUCGCAGGCGAGCGCGUUCGAGCCGAGCACGAGGAGGGUCUCAAGAACGGCGCGGCGGACGCACCGCGAGGCGAAGAGGAGGGCGACGCAGACGCGAGGAGAGCAGAGGAAGACUCGCUGCGUGUUUUCGACUUAAUCGAAGAGGAGCCCAGUUCGUCCUCUUGUCCCUUUCGUGCGGCCUUCAUCGCCUCCAUGCGGGCGGCUCUCUUCCGCUGGCUGGAGCGCUCGGCGCCAGCUCUCGCGUCGUGCCCCCCUCCUGCCUCUGCUCCUUCUCUCUCGUGCCCUCUUCAGGCCACGCGCCUCGUCGCCCCGCCGUGGGGUGGCGAGGCGGCCGCGGCCUGGGCCGCUUCCGCGCCGAUGUUUCAGUCUGCGUGUGUGUCGCCGGUCCCCGCGGGUGCCGAUCCGCGCGGCGUGCAUCUCUGUCUGGUGAUUCCACACCUUUUUCUCACCUUCAGGAGCGGCCAUCUCACGACCAUGGCUGCGUUGCUGCAGAAGGGGUACGAGCGCCGCUCGCUGAACCGCAUGCGCCGGCAACUCACCUCUGGGGCGGCGGGCGCUGCUGCGGCCCCGCCCGCGGGCGCUGGAGGGCAACCGCGCGCGCCGGAAGGCCUCACGGGGACGCGGCUGCUUUCGUGGCUCGGCGCAGCGAACAGCCGCGACAAGUGCGAAGAAAGGCGGGUGGAGGACCUGCGGAGAAGGCGCCAAGAAGAGAAAUGCCGGCAGGACUUACUCGAGUUGACUGACUGGUUGCCACUCGCCUACAGCUACCAACCCGGCUUCAGAGAGGACGCGGCAGCGGCCCGCGACGCCGACGAGUCUGGAGUCGCGGCAGGCAGGAGAGACCGCGGCCGUGAGCGCAUGACGGCGCCGCAAGCCCGGAGUUCUCUGCGCCAGCGAGAAGAGGAAACUGGGGGGAAACUGAGCAAGCACGAGGCGCUCCUACAGCAGCAGUACGUACACGGCGUCGUCCUCGCUUCGUAUCUCGAGGUGUACCUACGCCCCAAGGCGACUCGCGGGGCGCCUUGCUUCUCAGCGGGGGCCUCGCCCGCGUCGCUCGCCGCUCCGCCAUCUACCGCUUCUCUUUCCAGUUCCGAAGACACGCGGGCGCCGCUGGAGUGGUCAGGCGAGCGCGUGGAGGUCUUUGUUGUGGGCGGCUCCUUCGGAGGGGAGACACUGCGGGCAUUUCAAAAGAGAUUCCUUCAGCAGUCCGCCGGAGUCAGCCUCGCUGAGUUUGCGAAACUCGCCGUCGACAUGACUCGGACGCAGUUCACCCGGCUGGCGCUGUUCGUCGUGCCGCGGCCCUUCGGCUCGCUCUUCCUCACUAACCAGCUCCGCACGACUCAUUUUUCGACGCUCUUCGUGGAGGCUAGCGUCCUCGCGACCACCGGGCACGCCGCUCUGGCGCUCUCGCUGUUUCAUGCAGCCCUCCGCGCAGCCGUCGAGUCGCACAGAGCGUCCGCAGCGGGCGCUCGCGCCGCUGGGGUCGCGUCUCUGCUAGAACCUGAGGCUGACGCGUGGGGCGGCAGCGCGCCGUCUCUUCUCAGACAAGUCGUCGCGUGGCGGUCGGCCUUCACGCAGUGGACGCGAGAGGAGGUGCACGCGCUGCGCGACGCGAAGCGGAAACUCAGCGAACUCGACGCCGAGCUGGGCUUCGGCGCGCGAGGAGAGGACGGACCGCCGCGCGAGGGGGACGCGGAAGGCGCAAGACAAGAAGACGCGAGGCUCGCGCCCUGGUGGAGGGAAGCACAGAUUCAAGCUGCCGCGACCACCAGGAAGGUCGUGCGAAAGAGCGUCGAGAGCUGCAUCAACAUGUGCUGCGACGUCAUCGAGGUUGCGGAGCUUCUGCUCGAUGCCCUCUGCGACUCCGCAAAAAGAGCCGCUUCCCAGGGCGGCGUCGUGGCGGCGCUCGCCUGCCUGCAAGGCGAAGCGUUCGACUUCAGCUCUGAGCUUCUCUGGAUCUUUCCCUCCGCCGAAUUCGUCGCGGAAGAAGCGAAGGAAAAACUGCUUCAGAGAGCGAGUGCGUGCCUGCGGGCGGCCUCGGGGGCUCCGACAAAGGCACGGCUGUCGCGCCUCGACAGCCGCGGGGAGCCGCGCCAGCGUCCGGUGUCUUUUUCGACUUUCGGCAAGAUCGCGUUAGUGCCGCAGUCGCCUUCAAGCGAAGCUGUGCGAUCCCCUCCAGCGUCUCUUACGGGCUCCUCGUCGGGCUCACUGUCCUCUUCGCUGGCGUCCUCGCCGCCCGCCUCGCCUCUGGUCGCGUCCCCACUGGCGUCGCACAUCUCAUUUGGCUCGGCGCUCGUGUCGCAGGCGGCCUUGAUCCACGGGGGGGCCUGCACUCGUUCGGCCGCGGUCGCGGAGGGCGCCGGCAGUUCUCUCCCUGAGUCGCUCGCGGCAUACGUGCGCGACGCCCUCGGCGUGUCGCCGCGCGAGAGCGAAGCAAAGGAAGGCGAAAAGGGAAGCCGAGGCCGGCCUGCAGACUCCCCGCACGAGAGCCCGACGUGGAAGCGCGUCCUGGUGGCCGCUGCAGCCGCGUUUGAACGCGCGCAUGCCGCUGCGAUCGGUCUUCCAGGCAGCGACGUGGUGGGAAGCGGCCCUCGCAUUUGCGAGCUUCCUCAUCUACUCGGUUCAACUCGCCGAGUUGGCAGGAGCUCUUCUGCACAUCUACCUGCGCGCCGCGCCCGCGGCGGGUUCGCUGCCGGCUUCCUCGUCGUGCGGCUCCGUCCCUGCUGCGGUCUCCAGGGCGGCCUCCGGUCCUUCCCCCCCUCGGAGUCGCUUGCAUGCGAGAUGCUGCGCGCGCAAGCGCGGCGGCUGUGUGCCCUUUGCUUGACGCGUGUGCUGCUGCUGGACUUCGGGCUUGACUCGGCCGCCCUCCUCAAGCUGCUGGCCUCUGCGUCGCCGCUCCUCCCCGCGGGGUUGCCCACUCUGCGCCAGGUGCGCGCGGCCCCUGGGACUCCUCCGGCGUCGCAAGGCCUCGGGCGACGCGCCGAGGCCUCGCGCCCGCCCCCCGCGCAGGCUUUCCUGCCGUCGCUGAGCGGCGGCUGCGGCGCCUGCGCAGCGGGCGGCAUCGCGGAGGCCGCCUGCGCAGAAGUCGAGACGCAAUACGCGAAACGCGGAGCGGAGCGGUCCGCCGCUCGCCUAGACGACGUCGCUUCUGCCUCGAAAGAGGUACUCGCGCUCGAGCCUCACGGCCUCGACGGUGGCGCUCUGCAUGACCCUGGGACGUUCUCCCAUCUGCUUGCGCGCCCCUUUUCGAGCUGCCUCGCUUCGGGCGCCUCGACCCUGGAGCGCCACUCAGAUGACGAGAGCGACCUGGCGGCGUGUUUUCAACCUCGAAGCCGGCAGUUUUUCUUCACUGAAGAGGCUGAAUUGGCUGCGUGGCGUGACGAAGGCGAGCUCCUCCUCCGCCGUCCUCCUUCUUCCUCGGUGGCGACCGCUUUAGCCUGCGCCGUGGCGUCGCCUCUCGAGGACGCAGGCGCCACGGCAACAGGAGGCGCAGUGCGAGCGGCGAAGAGCUCUGCGGCAGCGGAAGGGAAAGGCUUGCGAUGUCCCACUGGCACUUUGUCUGCAGGCGCAAUGUUGCAGCGAGCGCCUCCGCCCCCUGUGGACUGUUCAUCGCUCUUCUCUCCUCUGGCGGCCUCAGGAGUCUCGCGCAAGGCCGAGCGGACGACCGGCGACGCCGGAAGCCCGGGGGACGAAGGCGGAUUCGGAGAUGUGCGGCGCACGCCGGAGACGGGUGGGCGGCUGACGAGGGACUCUGCAGAGGCUGAGACACGUGGAAAUGGCGAGCGGGGGCGCGAUGACGGUGAGCCGCUGAGGCCUGCGAGGCAUUCUUCGUUGUCGUCGACUCUCAGACCUGGCGGAGCUCCGGAGAGCGAAUCAGACGCCGGAGGCAGUAGCGCCCGCGCCCAGCCGCAGGACAGCUCCACCGAGAAGGGAACAGAGAGCGCGGAGGCGCAGGCACAAGAGACUUCAGUAGACUGUCGCGCUGGCGGCGCCGCGGCCCCCGGGGCCACACCCAAAUCGGAGAGGAGAGGACAAGACGCGGCGGACGUCCGCGAUGAGGAGAAGGUGUUCCUUGUUGAGCUACUGAAGAUGCACACAGCGGAGCCGUGUGCGCGGUUUAAAUGGAUUGCGGGCACUAAGCUCCGGAGGGCGGAUGCGGAGUGCGCGGUUUCGAGCGACGAUAUCCGCGCCAAAGCUACAGCGACAGGCACGCUGCGUUUCCUCACGGGUUGUAUACUUCCUGCACCUCUUGGCGAGCCCAGACACGCAGAGGAGGAGGAGGAGGAGGCAGAGAGAGACGGCGAUCCACGCGUGGGGUCCCUCGCGGAGCGGGAAAAGGCGAAGAAACAGGGAGACGCAAAGUCCGGCUCCAGCAUCCGGCCUCUCUAUCGUCAAGCCUCCCUUGUGUCGCGGCCUGCAGCCUCGUGUGACGCUGCGCUCGCGGGUGCGUCGUCCGCCUCUGGCCUCGUCACACGCAUGCGAGAAGACCAGCAAGCGUUUGCUGCGCGUGCCGAGCAAGCGCUGGACAAGUGGAGAAGAGGGGUAGCGGCGCGCCAGCCUGGCCUGAUCGUGUCUGUCGAGACUGUGGGGUCUGUCUCCCUCAUGAUGGCCCUGUCCCUGGAUUUGGUGACAUCUCGCGUGCUCCCCACGCACACCGCGCAGGAGCCGCUAAUUGGGCGCGCACGGGUCGGCCCUGACCGCGUCUCCACGGCGGACGGACGCGGUGGCGCGGAGAGCCAGAGCGCGACUGAUUCUCUCGGAGGCGCCCACGCGCGGCCGCAUGUUCGGGAUAUCUCGAAGAAAACGAUAUGGAUGUGCAGCCAGUGGGAUGCGCUGGAGGACUUGGUGCGCGCCGAGGUUCGCAACUAG